AAAACUUUAACCUUUGAUUUUUUUGAUUUCUUUCCUUAAAAAUUUUCCUAAGAUAAAGGAAGUAUGGCAAGUUGCCGGAGCCUUUUCGGCCUACUAGGCUCUCGACAAAUUAACAUUUUGACGGCCCCCCAAGUGAACAAAAACGUGCGGUUCCUGCACCAGUGUUGGCAGUGCAAAAAGGGCGAUAUUUUGACCAUCAACAUCGCGAAUCAUCCACAAAUCCAUUUACCAAAGAGAACCUUCCACUUGAGUUCUGUACAAAAAGCUCCCAAAAAAGACUAUUACAAUAUCCUUUCGGUAGGCCGUAACGCCUCAAAUGCAGAAAUCAAAAAAGCCUACUAUAAGUUGGCUAAAAAAUACCAUCCCGAUGUUAACAAAAAUGACCCCGAGGCUCAGAAAAAAUUCCAAGAAGCCUCUGAGGCAUAUGAAAUCUUAGGAGAUGAAACAAAAAGAAAACAAUACGACACUUGGGGCUCUACUGCUGAGCAAAUGGGUGGGGCGAGUACUGGAAGGGCUCAGGGGCCUCAAGGCUUUUCACAACACUGGGAAUAUCAAGCCUCAAUUGACCCAGAGGAACUUUUUAGGAAAAUAUUUGGUAAUGCAGGAUUUUCUUCAAAAUCGCCAUUUGAUGAUUUUGCUGAAAGUAGUUAUGGGUUUGGAGAAGCCCAAGAGGUAGUCUUAAGAAUUUCAUUUAGUCAAGCAGCUAGAGGAACCAACAAAGAGGUUACCGUAAAUGUAGUAGACGUUUGUCCCAAAUGUAGAGGGUCUAGAUGCGAACUGGGUACCAAAGCCACCAUGUGCUCUUAUUGCAAUGGCACUGGAAUGGAGAGCAUAUCAACUGGACCGUUUAUAAUGCGCUCUACGUGUAGAUAUUGUCAGGGUACCAGGAUGUUUAUUAAGAACAAAUGUAUUGAGUGCGAAGGAAAAGGAUCUACAGUGCAAAGACGUACUGUUACUAUACCUGUUCCAGCAGGUAUUGAGGAUGGUCAGACGGUGCGCGUGCCAAUAAAAAAUAAAGAACUAUUCGUAACAUUUAGGGUAGACAAAUCAGAUUAUUUUAAAAGAGACGGAGCUGAUGUGCAUACAGAAGCCGACAUUUCAGUAUCCCAAGGGAUUUUGGGGGGUACCAUAAGGAUACAGGGGCUAUAUGAAGACCAAAUAAUUCAAAUUAAGCCAGGAACCUCUUCUCAUACCAGGAUAAGACUAACGGGCAAAGGUAUGAAAAAGGUUAACGGUUUUGGCAAUGGAGAUCAUUAUGUUAAUUUAAAAAUCAAAGUACCCAAACAACUAAAUGAAAAACAGAGGGCUCUUAUUCAAGCCUAUGCUGAGCUAGAAGAGGAUACACCAGGACAAAUAAUGGGGAUAUCAAGUACAACAGAUGGUGGGACUAGAGCUACAGAUGAAAUGCCGUACGCUGGCGAAGAGACAUCUCAAAAGGGAGGCAUCUUGAACCGAAUCAAAAACGCGAUUUUUGGUUGAGUUAAAACUAAAUAACCAAAGCAAGCUGUAAAAAAUUGUUUUCAAUUUAGGUGUUACUCUGAAAGUAUUUAAUUGUUACUGUUUGAAAUAUAAGGAGUUUUUAUUUGAUUUAAUUAUUUCAAUAUUUAAAGGUAAACAAGCCUUCAGUUCCGGAAACCAAGAUCUUCUGGAAGCUAUCAGAUUGGCUUUGGAAGGGAUAAAGAAGUGAAGGAAAAAAAGAUUAAAAAAGAUAAGAAAAAUGCAAUUCAAGAGGAGCAAAGUGAUAAUGAAAAAGAAAAAAUUAAAACUAAAAUUUAAUUGAUCAGGAAAUUUUAAAAGCAAGUAGGUAAUUCCAAAAUUACAUGAAUACUUUUUUGUUCAUAGGCUGUAAGUAGUCCGUAUGUAACCAAUUUUGUUUUAAUGCCUACACAUGUUUUUUGUUAAGUGGAAAACACAAAAAUAUAGUUUGAAAGGGAGUUUUUGUUGAGUUUGAUUUAU